GCCUAUCAGACAAGUACGAGAGACCUCUUCUGCUCCUUCCGUCCAGAUCAUUUCAUUUGUUAUUCUGAACCGAGCUGAAGUUGAAAAUGUCUUCCAAUCUUGAGUCAUUGUUAGAAAUGGGAUUUUCGAAGCAGUUGGCUGAAAAGGCCAUUCAGGAAACAGGAGACCAAAACAUUGAAGCAGCAAUGGAUUGGUUAAUUGUAAAUAGUGAGAAAUACAGUCAGCAACUUGACAAUUCUCAACAAAAAACAGAAGAAUGUGCUGCUAGUGAGACUGAAGCAUCAAGGACAGAGACAGCUACGACUGCCAAGUCUAUUAAAUGUGAUGAAUGCAACAGGUUAUUCUCUUCAAGUUCGGAAGUAGAAUUUCACGCUGCCAAAACUGGUCACAGUCAAUUUUCUGAAUCAACUGAUGAGAAGAAGCCUCUUACUGAAGAGGAAAAAAAGGAGCAACUUAGAAAGGUAGAGGAGUUGAUGAAGCAUAAGCGCAAGGAAAGAGAAGAGAAAGAAAAAGCUGAACAACUGGAAAUGGAAAAGAGAAGGAUACAGACAGGCAAAGAGCUUGGGAACAUCAAAAAGAAAUUAGAGGAAGAUGAAAUCAGGAAAAUGGCCGAGGAACGUAGGCGCGAAAAAGAAGAAGAGAAAAAAGCCAGACAAAGAGUCAAAGAUCAAAUCGAACAAGAUAAAUUGGCACGAAAACAAAAAGCUGGUAAUCUAGCUAGCACGCCUGUAGCCGCUCCUCCAGUUCAGCCGUCAGUACCAACUACACCCAGUCAACCUAAAGACUACAAAGAGACUAGAAUCCAGAUAAGGCUACCAAAUGGCUCGACAAUGACACAAACCUUUGGUGCUAAGGAGCAACUGGCAUCAGUUCGUCUCUUCAUUCAAAUGAAUAGAACUGAUUUAGUUGCUGGAGUUCCGGAACCAUUUCGGAUUCAGACUAAUUUCCCUAGGAAAGUUUUUACCGAAGAAGAAUACGAAAAACCGCUUGACGUUCUAGGAUUAGUACCUAGUGCUGUUUUAAUGGUAUCAAAAGCAUAAAGAUCUAAAUAAUAAGUACUCAAUUUAAUAUCUCAUCUUGAGAUUUAAUUUGUAUUUGUAUCUGAUAACAAAGUCGAGCGAGUGAAAGAGUGUGUUGGGGGAGAAAGAGGCGGUUUUCAGAAAUAAUUACACAUAAGAUUGUAAGAGUCA